AUGUUCGAUGGAAGAAUCCACUGUUGGCAAGUUGGUGUUAGAGCGGGGGUGCAAGUUGGCACAAGGCAAUUGAGGCGGCCCAUUGAUGAAAAGGGGCACCUGUCUGGACGGCCCGAAUUCGUCAGAUUACUCCUUAGGAGGGAUCAAUUCAACAAAUACAUCAUUAUUCGAGAGUAUGUACGUGAGCCACUCCCAUCCAGGGCACCAAAACAAAAUUGGAAAUACAGUCAAGGACAUACACAGGCAUACAAGUACAACACGCCGAGUGCGGUCAAGGAAGCUGGAGCUCUGAGCCAAAGUUUUGAGGCGGGACCUUCUCCGCGCAUCAGCUUUUUUCGAGCCUUGAGCUACCCCGCGUACAGAUACGCUGUCCCCGCCGCCCACCUCAGAGCAAUGGCCAAUAUGUGGACGGGGAUGAUAAGAUAG